AUGGCUUCAACAGACCUCAACGCAGCGGCUCUCACCCUCCGUUCUCUCCAUCGUCCCGGUCGGCCCCUCGUCCUCGCCAAUGUGUACGACAUUCUCUCCGCGAGCGCCGUCGCGUCUCUGCCGUCCGCCCACGUUCUAGCGACGACAUCCUCCGCCGUUGCCCGCGCCGCUGGCACGGAGGACGACAACAUGACGCUCGAGCAGAACAUUGCCGCCGUGCGCGGCAUCGGCAAGGUCGCUGCACAACAUGGCAAGCCCUUGACCGUUGAUCUUCAGGACGCAUAUGGCGACCGGCUGGAAGAAGCGAUCAAAAGCGUCAUUGACGCGGGCGCCGUAGGCAUUAAUCUCGAGGACUGCGACAACGAGUCCCAGAAAAUGUACCCCGUGGAUGUUGCGGUGAGUCGCGUCACGAGAGCAUUGAAAACGGCUAGAGAAAUGGGCGUUCCUGACUUGGUGGUCAACGCUCGCUGUGAUACGUUAAUUCACGGUGGGGCCAUGGACGAAGUCAUCGACCGGGGUAAGAAGUAUUUGGACGCCGGGGCAACGACGGUCUUCGUCUGGGGAGGCAGGAAGAGGGGCGUAAGCCGGGCGGAGGUCGAGAGAAUGGUCCAGGAGUUUCAGGGCCGCUUGAAUGUGUCGUUGAAAUGGAGCGAAGGGUUGACGGUGAAGGAGCUCGCCGAAAUAGGCGUCGCGAGAAUCAGUGUUGGACCGGCCAUUCAGCUCUUUGCCAUGGACGAGUAUCAGAGGAAGGCGAAGGAACUGCUUGAUCAAGCUGAAUAA